GGCUGUGCAAUGUGCAUGGCUCCUCGAUCACCCCUCUUCAGCUGUGGGUCGAAGCAUGCAGUAGCCGGCACGCGGUCGCAAACCGUACGACGACGCAGCCACUACACCAUGGUUGUCUUCAACGUCGGUGUCGCGAGGUGCCACCUGCUCAGAAGCUCGUGUUCUUGGUGCUACGUGCGACGGUGGAAGCACUCCAACUCGCCACUCAAGGUGUCGAUCGUCGGCGCCGGUCCGGCGGGCUUCUACACGGCGCAGCAGGUUCUUAAACAUCCGAAUGCCAUUGUCGAUAUCUACGAGGGUUUGCCGGUGCCAUUCGGUUUGGUCCGCUUUGGUGUCGCCCCAGACCACCCCGAGGUGAAGAAUGUGGUCAACACCUUCACAAACAUCGCCAAGAACCCCCGGUGCAACCUGUACGGCAACGUCCGGCUCGGCGCGGACAUCACAGUGGCAGACUUGAGGAAGGCCUACCACGCCGUUGUGCUGACAUAUGGUGCUGAUCAAGAAAGGAGCCUCGGUGUUCCUGGCGAGGACCUUCCAAACGUGUUCAGUGCCCGCAAGUUUGUCGGCUGGUACAACGGUCACCCUGCCGACGUUGGUGUCCGUCCGGACCUUUCCGGUGAGACGGCCGUCGUCAUCGGCCACGGCAACGUCGCUCUCGAUGUCGCCCGCAUUCUGCUAUCACCCCCGGAGUCGCUUCAGGAGACGGACAUAGUCGAACCAGCCCUGGAAGCACUAAGAAAGAGCCGCCUGCGGAACGUAAUUGUGGUUGGGCGAAGAGGGCCCUUUGAGGUAGCUUUCACCAUCAAGGAACUGCGAGAGAUGACCAAGAUCCCCGGUGUGGACAGCAUCUUCCGGCCAGAGGACUUCAACGAGGUCCGAGAGAGGUUGGCAGACCUACCACGACCUCGCAAGCGUCUGCUCGAUCUGAUGGUGCAGACAUCCGAGAGAAAACCGAGCAACCAGCCCCGCUCCUGGGAGCUGCGAUUUCUGCGAAGUCCGCUGCGCUUUCUGGCAGAUUCAAGCACAGGGCACGUCUCGGGUGUUGAGCUGGCUGUCAACCGACUUGAGAAAACUGAAUCGGGAACCAAGGCCAUUGCAACGGGUGAAACGGAGACAAUUCCGUGCCAAAUGGUCCUGAAAAGCAUUGGCUACACGAGCGAAGUUGUUGAUCCCACCGUCCCGUACGACAGCAAGCGAGGUUUCGUGCCUAAUUCUCAAGGUCGGGUCGAGUCAUCGCCAGGUCUCUACUGUAGUGGCUGGCUCAAGACGGGUCCAGUAGGCGUUCUGGUGGCGACGAUGAACAGCAGCUUUGAAACGGGCCAAGCAAUCGUCAAAGAUGCAGAGUCAGGUCUUCUGCCGGCAGACGACAGGGAGGGCUCGGCAGCCAUCUUGAAACUUCUCGAGUCCAAAGGUGUACGACCCGUCACUUUCGACGAGUGGCUCAAGAUCGAAGCUUACGAGAAGGCGCAAGGUGAACGUAAAGGCAAACCCAGUGAGAAGCUGCUUUCCGUCAAAGAAAUGCUUAGUGUUGCAUUUAGCUAGUCGUUCCUGUUGUCUCAUAGCUUCUCUUACUUUCUCUUUCUUUCUCCCUCUCUCUCUCCCUCACUGUCUCUCCUACCUCCUUUUGGAAACCAGCCAAAUAAUGAGCGAAGCCGAAGUUUGCAGCCAAGCCAAGCGCUGGCUACUGUUUUUCAAACAUUUGAGACGAAGGCCUUGUUUUUUGUGGAAUAAAAGCUCCGCUUCUGUUUUUGUUUCAAGUGUCACAUGGUAGCCAGAACUUUGGCAAAAAGGGCUUGUGUGAUGAAGCGGUUUAUUCAUGGAUAAUACUGUGUGUAGUUUACAUCAAAGUGAGGUUUCUUUUAUAGUUAUAGUUUUAUACAUUUGGCCGUUAAGAAGACGUGCCUUAUGUAUGUAUGCCUGUACAGCUGACAAUAAAAUUACUGAACUUCAAACA